AAGAUGCCAAGGCGAAACAUUUAACACUUACACAAACACAAAAACCUUUUCUCUUAUUUUUGUUAUUUUGUUCUUAUUUCAUAAUUAACAAAAUGGUACUUGAAGAAGAAACCACUCAGCCACGAGUAGUCCCAGCUUAUUCAUCGGCCAUGAACGCCAAAACCACUGGUUCGGGCAACGAAACCGUGGUUCUAUCUCACGGAUUCGGCGGGGACCAAUCGGUGUGGGACAAAAUCGUGCCGGACUUGGCCAAGCACUUCCAGGUUCUGGUCUUCGACUGGCCGUUCGCCGGCACCGCCGUCAAAGAUGACGGCUCUACCCUCUUUGAUCCCGUGAAACACUCCUCCUACGAGGGUUUUGCUAACGACUUGAUUGGCCUGCUGGAGGAACUCAACUUGAAAUCGGUUGUGUUUGUGGGUCACUCCAUGUCUGCUAUGAUUGGAUGUAUUGCUUCCGUUAAGAGACCUCAACUUUUUAACUCCCUUGUUCUCGUCGGAGCUUCUCCUAGGUACAUAAACACAGAUGAUUAUGAAGGUGGGUUUGAGAAGUCAGAGAUAGAAGACAUCAUAUCCAACGUAGAAUCAAACUUCUACAACUGGGCAACACACUUCUCUACCCUGGUCGUGGACACAUGCGAUCCUCACUCAGUCGACAAGUUUGCAAAAUGUUUGAGUAGAAUGAAUCCAGGUGUCGCGCUCCAAUUGGCCAAAAUGGUGUUCUACAGCGACGAGCGAGACGUACUCGAGAGGGUUGAGAUCCCCUGUACAAUCAUCCAAACCAGCAGCGAUAUAGUCGUCCCCGACUCCGUUGGAUUCUACAUGCAGAAGAAGAUCAAGGGACCAUCAACGGUCGAGAUUAUCAGCAACGCCAAAGGUCAUUUCCCUCAGUUGACUACUCACCAUGAGUUUCUUGAUGUUCUUAGAGUCGUACUGGGAUUUUAGACUUCUCUUAGUAGAAUUGCCUACAUAUAAAUAUAUAUUUAUUUACCAUUUCUAAAAAUAGUUUAGUGACGUUUUUUUAUUUAUUUAUUUAUUUCAGUCUUGGUAAAUGUUAGUUAGAGACGUUCCUGUGUUCUUAUAAAUAAUAUAUUCGUGGGUGUUGACUUUUGAAA